ACAUUUUGAGAUUGCACCCGGCGGAGGAUGGCUGAUACUACCUCUCAGCUAGAAGCGCCAGCACCUCAGGAAGUCAGUAGCGCGUUUAAGAAGCCUGUUUUGCCGGUGCCUCCCUCAGUACGGGGUAAGGCUCCAGCCUCCAGUCCCUCAGUUCCUGAGGAUGUGAAGAAGGAAUGUCCCACGGCACAGUUGGACUCUGGAUGUGGGGAGUCCGAGGUCCCGCCGCCGCAGUCAGACAGCGAGGAGACCGGGGAUCCACCUGUGGAGCAGCUCCGCUCCCCGCGGGUAGCUCCUGCUUCUGGCGGUCCGACCCGGGCUCCUCCAUACCAAGAACCAUCGUGGGGCAGCCCAGCCACGGCCCCCUACAGUCUCGAAACCCUGAAGGGUGGCACCAUCCUUGGCACCCGCACCUUGAAAGACACGAGCCGCUGCCUUUUCGGUAGACUUGCUAGCUGUGACAUAUGCCUGGAGCAUCCUUCCGUGUCUCGGUACCAUGCUGUACUACAGCACCGUGGGGCGGAUCCUAGCGGAGACUCUGACGGUCAUGAACAGGGCUUUUAUCUCUAUGAUCUGGGAAGUACCCACGGCACUUUCCUCAACAAAACUCGCAUCCCACCCCGCACUUACUGUAGAGUCCAUGUCGGGCAUGUUAUUCGCUUUGGAGGCAGCACUCGGCUCUUUAUCCUUCAGGGACCAGAGGAAGACCGAGAAGCAGAAUCUGAAUUAACAGUAACACAGUUGAAGGAACUGCGCAAACAGCAGCAAAUGUUAUUGGAGAAGAAGAUGUUAGGUGAAGACUCAGAUGAGGAAGAGGAAGCAGAUGCCACUGAAGGGAAGAGAAAUACAAGUGGUCAAGAUGAUGAGAUGGGCUGCACGUGGGGAAUGGGAGAAGAUGCUGUGGAGGAUGAGGCUGAAGAGAACCCCAUUGCCUUGGAGUUUCAGCAGGACCGGGAGGCAUUUUAUAUAAAGGAUCCAAAGAAGGCUCUUCAAGGCUUCUUUGACCGAGAAGGAGAAGAGUUAGAGUAUGAAUUUGAUGAGCAGGGACACAGCACUUGGCUCUGCAGGGUGAGGUUACCUGUAGAUGAUUCAACUGGGAAACAGUUGGUGGCUGAGGCCAUUCACUCAGGAAAGAAAAAAGAAGCAAUGAUACAGUGCUCUCUGGAAGCUUGUCGGAUUCUCGAUACGUUGGGCUUGCUACGGCAGGAAGCAGUAUCUCGGAAAAGGAAAGCCAAGAACUGGGAAGAUGAGGAUUUUUAUGAUAGUGACGAUGAUACAUUCCUUGAUCGGACUGGCCUGGUAGAGAAGAAGCGUUUGAACCGGAUGAAGAAGGCUGGGAAGAUUGAUGAGAAGCCGGAAACUUUUGAGUCACUGGUUGCAAAGUUAAAUGAUGCCGAAAGAGAACUCGCCGAAAUUUCUGAAAGGCUCAAGGCUUCAAGCAAAGUUCUGUCAGAAUCGUCAUCUCAGGAUUCUUUAGAUGCAUUCAUGUCAGAAAUGAAAUCAGGGAGCACAUUAGAUGGGGUGUCCCGGAAGAAACUUCACCUGAGGACUUUUGAACUAAGAAAAGAACAACAGAGACUUAAAGGGUUAAUAAAACUUGUAAAGCCAGCAGAGAUCCCAGAACUAAAAAAGACUGAACUUCAGACUACAAAUGCAGAAAACAAAACUAAGAAACUUGCAUUGCCUCUCUUUGGUGCCAUGAAAGGAGGAAGCAAAUUCAAAUUAAAAACUGGAACAGUUGGGAAGUUGCCACCCAAGCGUCCAGAACUCCCUCCAGCUUUAAUGCAAAUGAAGGAUGAACCUGAAGUAGAAGAGGAGGAAGAAGAGGAAGAAGAGGAGGAGAAAGCAAAGGAGGAGCAUGAAGAACAAGUGGAAGACGGAGGUGUCAGGCUGCCCCAGGAGCCGGAGCUGGAGCUGGAAGCAGCAGUGGAGCACCCAAGCGCUCCCUCAGAGCCCUCGUGCUCUAAGGAGACAAAAAGCCAUGGAAACAUAUCUCAACUCAGCCAUGUGGAGCAGAGUAAAGAUUAUCAAGAGAUGGGCAAAAUAAUGUCAUCACGUGAGGACCCUUCAGCAGCACCAGGGAAUGAAUAUAAAAAAGACAGCGAUGAAUUGAAGAAAAAGAAAUCUCCUGGGCCAGGCAAAUUUCCACCCAUACUUUCUUCCAAAUAUCCUGAGGAUGACCCAGACUACUGUGUAUGGGUCCCACCUGAAGGUCAAAGUGGAGAUGGCAGAACCCAUCUUAAUGACAAGUAUGGCUAUUGAUUGGUUCAGAGUCCCAAAGGAAGACCUUGUGAACCACAAGAUGUUUGGGAGGAGACAUCAAGUCAUGACCAGGGAUCAGAUGGCCAUUUGUAAAAUCUGGUGACUGGCUUUUUCUUCUGUAUCCCUGGCUUCCUAAAACUGUGUGCCUAUUGGAUUCUCCUGAAUUCCAGUGUUUAUAUUUAAGUGUCUGUGUAUAUAUAUAUGUAAAAAAGACAACCAUGUACACUGAGAGUCAGUAAAGCAAGAGGCGUGAUCCAUGGAUUGAGCCUAUGAUGACUCCCUUAAUGUCGAUUUAAGGCUAGAGCCUUUAAUAUGACAGACAGGGCCUGUGCUGGAUCCUGCUGCCACAGUGGGUGAGUCUUGCGGGGAGAGUGGGCUGUCCUUAGGCCUCAGUGCCCCCUGCCAACGCUGUAGAUGCACAACACAGCUCUCAGUCCGAGGGCAGAGGAGGGAGUUUAUUCUCAUCAAAUGUGACGGAAGAUAACUUGUCUCUGGUUCUGCAGCAUUCUAACCUUUCACAGUCACAGAGUUCUAAUACGGCAGCCAGUCAGCCUGGUAGUGUUCAGUGUGGGGACUUACACUAACACUUCUGUUGGCUGACCACUGCAGUUUAUGCAUGCAAAGGCUAAAUGCCUUUUUAGUACCAUGAUCUAACCAACCGAGCCAGCUGGCCAAUCCAAAUGUUGUUUUAUAUCUGUUUCACAGUGCUAGUAAGUCCCAUUCUAGAGACCUAAUAAAGAUGAAUCUGAGUGGGCAGGAAGGCAUUCUUCAGAGAGAGAAAUAGUUGAGAACCCGAACCAUAUUAAUAUUGUUAGCUAUCAUGAUUGGGGGGUCUUACUUCUCUCCAUUUUUACCAUCUGCAUGUAAUGUUUACACAAAUGUGAUAGGAAUAUUUUAUCUACAAUUAAAACAGGAAUAUGGAAUGAUCUAAAGAAGCAAAGUUAAAUUGGGUAUAAUAGCACAAGCCAUUAAUUCCAGCCCUUGGGAGGCAGAGCCAAACAGAUCUGUGAGUUGGAAGCCAUCCUGGUUCACAUAGUUAGUUCCAAGAUAGCCAGAGCUACACAGACAAGGACCCUGUCUCAAAAACCAAGAAGGAGGAGGUGGAGGGGAGGAAGAAGACGAACAGUGGUGAGUGUUGCAGAUGCGGGGAACAGGCAUUUUAACCCCUCUUUCCUAUUCUUCAGCUAGGCUGGAUAUGAUUUCAUUUCUAGUUCAUGUGAUUUGAUUUUCUUUUAUUUGUUUUUGAGUUUUUGAGACCAGGGUUUCUUUGUAUAGCCUUGGCUGUCUUGGAACUUCCUCUGUAGAUCAGGCUGGCUUCUAACUCAGAGAUCUUCCUGCUUCUGCCUCUUGCAUGCUGGGUUUAAAAGUGUACCAUUAUGUCCUGCUGAAAUUUUAUUUUAAUGUUUGUAUUUGAAAUAAUUUAUUCUUGAUUUUUAAAUCUAGCUUUUCUUGUUGAUUCUACAAGUUUCUAGUUGUAGGAACUGUUGGUCUUUAUUGUUUAAGGUAUUAUAACUCAUCUUUGUGACUAGUAAUGCUGUUUGGUAUUACACAGUAUUUUAGUUUGAGGAAGUAAAUGGACAAUUACAUUACAAAAGGAAUAUGAUCACAGUGCAGUAUCACUUACUCCUAUAAAUUAAAGUUUGAAUAUUUGAUA